UUGAUGAGACUUCCAGCAACCCCGCGGCUAAUGAAAACCUGACUGAACCCGACUCCACACGGCCUCCACGCUCACUGAAAAAUUGGCCGGAAAAGUCAACCGAGCUGGUUGAAAGUCUCAGAGAUCGGUCCAGACACAAUUUUGCUCGAGCCUGAGGGGCCACAGGUCGCUAAGAAGAUAUCAGCCUCACUGGCAAACUGUUGUAAAGAUGGCGGGGAAAGUCUUCUUCACCCAGAGGAAAGUGGCAGUCGUGCUGUGUGUUGUGCUGCUAGUGCUGGCUCAGCAGGUGUGUGCAGGUCCGGUGGUCCCCCAGGUCCGGUCCGGCUCGGACCAGGGGGCAGAUUCGAGUGGGGUCCGCACACUGAGGAGGAUAGCUCGCAUGACCCCGCUGUGGAGGAUCAUGAACAGCAAACCAUUUGGAGCUUAUUGCCAGAACAACUACGAAUGCUCCACAGGACUCUGCAGGGCGGGACACUGCUCCACCAGCCACCGCGCCCCCUCGGAGACCGUCAACUACUAGACGUCCCCGGACGCAGCCGCCGUGUUUACAUGAGUGCACAGCCAAAAUCCUCAUGAGGGGUCCCCGAAACUGAGGACACGCACUCAUCCAGGCUUUUUUUUUAAAGAAUUGGUUUUAUAUUUAUAUGUGCCAAUAUGUUUCUGAUGAUAUCUAAAAAGUUCAUACGAAUUACGCAACAGGUAGUUAUAUCCAACAAAGGCAGAUCAGAGGGAAUCACUGCUCCACUUCACAGAUUUCUAAAAGGAACAAAAAAUGUAAAUAUCACUUUAAUUAAGAAAGCAGGCGGUGGAAGUGAGAAGGCGGUCAUUUGGCCUUUUGUACUUGAUGUUUUCCAUGAUAUAAUGGUUUCCAACAAGGGUGAAAACAGUUAAAAAUACUGGUUUCCCAACGCUGAUCUUUCAGCUCUGAUCUUGAAGCUGAGAUUCAAAAUCAAACCAAAAGGAACACGUUUUAAUCUCAGAGGCUCUGUUGCCGUGGCCUUCCCUCCACAAACGAUAAUAUUAAUUCUGAUGUCUGCGUGGCCUGAUAACAAGGUUUCACUGAUAUCACAUGGUUUUAAACCAGACACUGAAAGCCAAUGUUACGAAUGCAUUUUUGGAACAACAGCUGUGUGAUUUCAGAGCGUAAAGCUGUCUCCAGACACAGAAACGUCCACGUGAGUGAACCAGAAAUACUUCAUGAAGGCAUGACAAAUAUUUUUUAUUACAGAUAAAGACGGAUGGAGCCGGGAGCAGCCUUUUAAAAAAUCCCGACCUUUACAUUUUCCCAGAUUUCGUAAUCACUGUGAUUAGUUAUCUCUUGAAUGCGUCCUUGAGAGUCUAAUCAUUCCACUGAUAGUGUGCCAUUUUGAAAUAUAUGCGUCCCUUUUCCCCCCAAGAGGAAUCUUUUAGUUUAGUUUUCUGCCGUCACAGCAUUUUCCCUUACUUACAUUACAGUAACACGAUUUGUUGUCUUUAACCAAAGUCUGAAACAGUGAAUUCCGUUGACCUUUGAACGCCACUUGGGACUGUACAGCUCACAGUGUGUUUUGACUUCUAGAAACUUCACUCAUGGUGUGAAUCACUAAGCCUCAGAGACAUAAUAAAACCCACUUGUUUCCCCUUCGACAAAGCACCCAAACACAAUUAAAACUGUAAGAUUAUCCGCCUGACUCGAUGUUAAAGAGAGGAAACAAGGCAAAGUAGGAAAAAGGGAAUGACGGACGAAAAGAAUCAAGAAAUGAAGAGAGGAAGGAGAGAACAAGCAGAGCAAAGAAAAGGAGCAGAGGUUACAAAAUCCUGGAGCAUUUCAACACCGUCGUGUUUUUACUUUUAUUCUUUUUAAAGUUAUAUUUAAAGCUUGCUGUCAGUCAGCUACGGCACAAAUUCCUCCGCCGAGUUCACCGAUUAAACUGCACAGAAACGACAUUAUUCAUAAUAUACAUUAUAAUAUACAGUGCAUGCAUACAGGUAUGGUGUAACGCAGUGAUUCUCUGAUAUUUUAUUUAUUUUAUCUGUUGUCAAAAAUGUACCCAUUUCCAUCCUGGCUGCAUUUUUUUUUUUUUUUUUGCACAUCCGUCUCCUCAAAUUGACAAGCGAUGGCGGAUUUCGCGUCGACUCGCCUGCGUAGUUUACUUCACGCACAGAGCAGGCGGUUGCUGAUAUCUUGUGCACUCAGCAUGUUUGAGGAGUGUUUGAGUAGGACUGCACUUUUAAAGCCAAAUUAUCUUUGUACUGUGUUCUGUCCACUGUUUGUACUGUAUCACCUACGUGUCGAAGCCUGGAGGAAAAAGUGGA